AUGGCGGACUCUGUAGGGCUGAGCCGCAGGGUCCAGAGUGAGCGGCGUCUCAAGGCUGUCGCCGCACACAUUUGUCAGGCCACGCCAGGAACCAGCAGCGCCCACUCCGAUACCUCAGACGACAUACAAAAGCCCAAGAAAUACAACUUUACUCCUCCGUCCACCCCAGACCGUACGACACAUACGAACACCAGCAGAAUGGGGAAACCAAGAAUGAUAAUCCUGAUUCGACACGCCCAGUCUGAAGGCAACAAAAACCGUGAUAUCCACCAAUAUAUACCCGACCACCGAGUUAAGCUCACGCCCGAGGGCCAUUUGCAAGCUGAAGACGCCGGACGCAGGUUGCGAGCUUUGCUUAAACCUGAUGAUACCAUUCAAUUCUUCACGUCGCCGUAUCGUCGCACUAGAGAGACAACCGAGGGCAUCCUCCGCACUUUGACAAGCAACGACGAUGAGCUAGGGCCUAGCCCGUUCCCUAGGGACAAAAUCAAGGUUUACGAGGAGCCUCGACUACGUGAACAGGACUUUGGCAACUUUCAGCCGUGCAGUGCGGAGAUGGAAAGAAUGUGGCAAGAACGAGCAGACUACGGACACUUCUUUUACCGCAUACCCAACGGAGAGAGCGCUGCUGAUGCAUACGACCGUGUCUCCGGCUUCAAUGAGUCUCUCUGGCGACAGAUUGGAGAGCCUGACUUUCCAUCUGUAUGUAUUCUUGUAACUCAUGGGCUGAUGACUCGUGUGUUUCUCAUGAAGUGGUAUCAUUGGAGUGUAGAAUAUUUUGAGGAUCUGCGUAACAUCAACCAUUGCGAGUUCAUCAUUAUGAAGCAGAACAUGGAAAACGGAAAGUACAUUUUGCAGAACGAGAUGCGCACGUGGAGUGAUCUGAAGAGAAGAACAGCGGCGAACAACUCGAGUUCAAGUCUAGCAAAGGCGGACGCGGAGAGAAAACCAACGAGGAUGUGGGGAGGCUGUGCGAUGGGAUGUAAUCAUGCGCAAAUGGAUUACCCUAGGCGACCGAGACGACAAAACACGCAGGACUUUAUCGGCGGCGCGAAGGGGACAGGGCCCACUACUGAAAAGGAGGACCAUUCGACUACAGGGCAAGAAUCUGGACUGGCAAGGAAGAGCAGCUUAAAAACGAAAACAAACCCUACGCAAAAUGGAUCCCAGGAGGCUACGAGUACGACCACGCAUCACCAUCAUCACGCCCAUCACCACAGCACUGAGAAACCCCCCAGACAAGACACUAACAAUGACGAUGUAGAUGGUAGCGACGCCGAUGCUGACGCCGACUCUUCGCCCAUGGCGUCUCCGCGAAAGUCCUCUUCAGGAUUGCAACUGCCUCUCCGCCAUCACAAAAGCCGAGGGCCUAUGUCCCAUAUCAGCAGGAUGGGACGUGACGGAGGAGGAUCUCAGUCGGGAAUCGGCUCUCCAAACGACAUUUCCGAUGAAGCAGAUGAUAGUGACUGGUUCGACACCAAUGUGCAUCAGCUUGCUAAGCGUAUGUCCAAUUCAGGACUUCCGAUCCGUUCGGAGCUAAGUCGUGGCACACUGUCGCAAAUCAACGAGGGCCCAGUCUCGUCGCAGGAGAAAAACGGAAGUCCUCUAAGGAACGGACGUAGUGGGAGUGUCACAAGAAACGGGAGAAGCGGAAGCAGAGGAGCCACCAAGAGGAGCGGCAGCUCAAAUGCCCAUACCGCACGGAGGCGAAACACGAAGAGCGAGGUGGAGAUGAUGGAGGAAAGUGGAAUGAAUGCAGGGAAAAGGGCAGAUGCUCUCGGCGAUGUGGACGGCGAAGAUGGAGAAGAUGGUCCGCUUCGUGAAGGAGACGCAGUCGAAGAGGCGAAGAUGAAGGACAGGAAGAGUUUUUCUGAGGUGUACUAGCGAUCGCAUUUCAAAUUGCUGCUGCUGAUGAUUUUGAUGACGAUGACGAUUACGAUGCGCAAUUUGUAGAGCGUUGCGUGCACGGCGUUUCGAUUUGAUAUAAACAUAGAUUGUCAAAAAGUAGAAUUCAUACCAGUUUAAAAUCUAAAUUUGCAUCAUCAA